ACGACUUUACAUCAAGUCGGUUGUUGUUACACUUUAUAUGCUAGAUAGGCAGGCAAUACUAUACAUAUACAGUGCGGUCAGCAAGCAGUGCUGCAGUGAUCCAGCAGUGUGCAUACAUGCGAAAUUUGUCGCGGUGCUCUUUUUGUCUCGUUUUCUCGCUUUCGCGACGAAACGUCAAAGUUAAGGUUUCACGUGCGUGGGUUGUAUUGAUAUUCAGCGUGGAGUUACGUCGGAAGUGUCGUUGAUGUGUCAUUUAAAUGGGUUGAAGAUUCAAUAAUCAUGGCAGAUGUUAGAUUACUUGUCCAGGAAGAAGGACGAGCAGCUAGAAAUUUAAUAGCAUUCAAUGUACCCUUGGAAUCCGAUGACACUGAAAAAAUAACUCGUAAACCUCCCAGUGUACCUAAGGUUCUUCAAAACUCUGCAUCAAAAAGAUCUCUUAAAAGUUGUGCCAGGGUUAGAUCAGCAUCUACUGGCAGAGAUAAACGUUCGGAAAUACAAGCUAGAUACUGGGCUUUCCUUUUUGGUAAUUUACAACGAGCAGUAGAUGCAAUUUAUGAAACCUGUGAAGAAGAUGAAAAUAUUACAGAGUGUAAAGAAGUAAUUUUAGUUUUGGAAAAUUAUACUCGUGAUUUCCAUAAUCUUAUAGAAUGGUUCAAAGUCAAAUGGGCUUAUGAAACAUCACCACCUCCAUUGAGAAGAACACCACUAGCAUGGGAAGUUCGCAAAACCUCACCAUGUCGAACAUGGAAUCCAACAGUUUUAAGUAAGCCUGGUAGUCCGUUGCAGAGAACUAGUCCUACUAUUGCAGUAGAAGAAACAAUACCUGAAUGCAAAUCAUCAAAUGUCACAGAUAAUAAUACUGAAUCUCAACCUCCAAAGCAAGAAGUUGUAUCUAAGAAUCCAAAAUUAGUCAAGGAAACUAAAAAUCAAGCUUCAAAAAUUGAUGGAAAUAAGGUGUUUAAAGAGAAAUCGACUUCAGCUAAAAUCCAGACAAGAACUCCAAGUAUUCUGAAACGCCCAUCUUCAGGUCAAAAGACACUAGAAGCUGAAUCAAAAGUCCUUACAGAGAGUAAUGUAAAUGUUCUGAAAUCUAAUGCAGAAUCGAGAACCGCCGCUAUAGCUCGCACUAGACAACAAUCCCAAAUCGCAACUUCUAAGGUCAAGAGCGCAGAUUCUCCAAAUAUCAGUAAUAAUGCUAACUCAGAGAACGCCAAUAACGAUGUUAUUUCUAAAAAAAAUAACGAAGUUAAAAAAGAUAUUGAAACGGUUAAGAAUCAAAUCAACACGAAUCUCAACAAAGCCAGCUCUACAACCUUAAGCGUGCCAGAAGUGAAAACCGUCAAUACAGGCACCAACACGAAGUCACCCGUCAAACCGAGUACGGUAAGCAUGAGUACGUCUUCAAGCACCACAACCAAGACCAAAGUUGCUGCAACUACGACAAAACCAGCUUAUUCCACAAUAUCGCGUAUGAAGACGACCCUCAGCAGUAGCAGUCAGCAAGCAACCGUAGUCCCAAUUUCUUCGGCCCCUGCAUUGAAUCAGCAGCAGACGCAGCAACAAAAAAUUGAACAACCACCAAAAAUUCUAAUACGUAGCAAAACGACCUUGGGGGUUCAAAGUAGCACUGCUCCUUCUAACAGCAGAACUAGACCCGGAACAUCGGUAAUGGUGAGAAGACGUAUGCAAGCUCAGGGCGAACCUUACUCUCGUAAAAGCAAAUCUAUGAACCCCAAUGACAUGAGCGCAUCUUGCGAAGUAUUGGCUCGUAAUAAACCGGUCAGACAGCAGAAGCCACAGCCCAAAGAGGACGUCGACGGUUGGCAGACUGUACGAGGCCGUUGGCGUCGCGGUAGUUCGCACGGUCUUAUCAUGUCCACGAGAUUCCAGCGACCAAGCACAGCCAGCUCGCUGCCUGCUUUGUGCACCGAAUCGCCCGUGCCUGUCGAUAAAAUGAAAAAAAAUGUCUCGGAUGCUUCGGCACGUUCCAAACGAAAGUACAACACCAAUAGCAAUAACGGCGCGAACGGUAAUCAAAUCUUUCAGAGCAACAAUGACAAAGAUAAAGAAAAUAAAAGCAAGGAUAAAAUAAAUCAGAAAAUCCCUGUAAAGAGUGGUGACGGUAAAAAAAUCGAAAAAGAGGAACAGAAAGAACAAUUGACUGGACAAGAGUCGUCCGAGGUAAAUCCAACUUCCCUUACGAUAGCUGCUACGUUGAAGAGCGAAGCUGAACUGCUUGAAAAGCGCAUCCAACAAUUUUUGCUCGCGCAGGCAGAACGUGAACGUAUAUGGAUCGAAGAAGAAAGAAAAACCGAAGAAGCUGAUUCUCAGCGGUCCAAACAGUUGUCCGAUGAAGAGGCAUUGUUACAGCAACAGAUUCUCGAACUCGAAUCCACGGAAAUCGACGUUGAUACGGAAACCGACGAAACCGAUGCUGAAACCAUUCUCGACGUCGAGGAGGACAUAAUUCCAUUGAGCAGCGAUGACGCCACUGUCACAGUAGACGACAUUGACAUGAGCUUGGAAGAUCGCUACGAGAACAUGCUCGAGGGUAUGUCGUGGGCCGAGCGCAUGGAUACGCUGGCUCAACUGCAAGCCCUGGUUGCCAGACAUCCAGGCCGAGCGAUCGAGCUUCACCAGAAAUUAUCGUCGCCGUCCAGGAAACGUUCACUGCCUGAAACUCUCAGGAGAUAUCAAGCGAAACAAGCUUGCGCCCAGCGUAAACGUCAAAAGCUACUCGAGGAAAAAUCUCAACGACUGCGAGAACUGCUGAACAAAGUCGAGGACGUAAAAGUCGCCAAGAAUCAACUCAUAGAGGAUAAACGCGCAAGACUGGAGCUGAAACUCAAAAGAGCCGAAGAAAACCGUACACAGUAUUUAUUGGAAAUCGUACGCAAAGCACAUGACGAAGAGUCGAAGCUGAAAGAAAUAGCGUUUAUCAAUGAGCUCGAGGCGCAGAAUAAACGUCACGACUUCAUGGCUCUGUGUCAAGAACAAGAAGAACGAUUACAGGGUAUCCAGGAGGAACGUCAAAGGCGUCAAGAGGAGAAGGCAGCCAAAGAAGCAGCAGCAGAAGAACGACGUCGGACUUUAGAAGCCGAAAGACUAAUGAGAAUCCAGCGUAUGAGACAAGUUCGACGAGAACGCGAGGAAAGGGUGGGUAAAAUGCAACUGGAGCGUGAAAAGGAACGUCAGGAAUUGGCUCGGGAAAAGGCGAGAGAUCGCGAGGAAAGAUUGUCAGCUCUGCACGCGGCUCAACUGGCCAAUCAAGAAGAAUUGCAGAAGAAAAUUGCGCAAAAGCAACAAGAAUCUGCUCGAAGACACGUGGAAAAUAUCGAGCACAUCAGACAGCGUGCCGUGGAGAGUAGUAUAAUGAGAAGCGAGGAGCUACCACCAACGUUGAAAGAGUACCCGAUUUUAAAGCAAUGCUGUUUGUGUAAUAAAACGAUAGCGAAUGAAGUUCAAUUGUUGAGUCACUUGAAGGGCAAACAACAUUCCGAGGCCGUUCGUAAUGCGCACGAUGGUCGCGAGCCGAAUCGCGACGAUUUACAAAAAUUCAAUAUCACGCAAAUCAAAGACUUCCCGGUGCAACCGGCGAUUGAAUCCGAGGACAAAAGUAAAGCGGCCAAAGAAAAGCAAAAAGCCCUGAAGCGCAGAAGUCGAAAGAUCAAGCAACGCAUGACAGCUCGUAGUAUAGAAUUUGUUGAUGCGUCUCUCAACACAAAGACCGUCGAUUCGUCCAACAAAUCAAAAUUUCGCAGGAAUUUAAAAGAGUUGGAUAAGCUGGCUCAAAAUCACGUUAAAGCCGUUUGGGCUGGUGCGGCAGUCGCCAGUUUAGAAAGAUGCCUUGGAGAAAUUUCCAGAGGUUUUUCUAAAGCCUGCCCAUUAGAUCAAGAUUCAUUUGCUCAAUUAGGUGGAUUUGAAACUCUUACAAAUUUACUUAAUCUGGGUGUGAAUGUCCAAAAUAUAUCGCAAGCUUUACCGAACAAAAGCCUAGUGUCCGUGUGCAGAGUCUACGCUAUGGCUUUGAAUGGGCACAGCAACAAUAUCGACAUGGUCCUGUUGAGCAACAAAAUAAUUGUAAUACUCGAUCUUCUCAUGCAAAGGCUCGAGGCGGUAACCAGUCAAGACGACACGAGCCAAGCUCUCGAGAUAUGUCCGAGCAGCAGCGGCGGCCUUAUCGGUACGACGACGAACGGAGCGUCGGGGACCGCUGCGAUCGGAGGAGCCACGACAACGACAACGUCCGCGAUGUCAGGGGCAUCGACGACAUCGACCACGAGCAACGGCGCCUGUGCCGUCGCGGCUCUGCAGCUGCUCUGCGCCAUCGUGCCCGGCCAAGCAGUGCCUGCUACUACUGCUUCUCAUCAAGCUGCUGCCACUGCCAACUACUGCAGCACCGAUAAGCCGAGCUUUCAAUCACGCAUGCAAGAUAUCGCUGGGUACCUGAUGACCAGCGGCUUCAUCGAGCGCGUCUCGCGCCACAGCCGCGCCAUGAUCGAGCUGGACUAUCUAAUCGAGCAGGAUCGCGACUGUCCGCUGAUCUGCGGCGCUUACGACCUGCUGGCGCGCAUCUGUUAUCAGCUGCGCCAAGGACAGCUGCAAAACAGCAGCAACAAUCACCAGCAGCACUCGUCGUCGUCGAGAUCGUCUGCCGGCGGCGCGCCGAGCAACGACGCCUCGUCCACGGCCUCGGGCGAGACCACCUCCAACAUGUCCAACAACGACGGCAGCGGCAAUCAGCAAGCCGAGUCGUCGACGAUCAGAGCUCACUUCUUGAGCCUGAUGAGCUCGAGCGAGGCGGCGGGUGCCCUGGGCGCCAUGUACGCCGCCGUCGCGCUGAGCUCGGCGUGCCAGCCAAAAGGAUCUGCGUCGUCGUCGGGUAGCGUUGGAGUUGCCGCAACGUCGACGUCGUCGUCGCCCGUGCCCACUGCCAAUUCCGCGAAAAAUCUCGCCCUCAAGGGUCUGACGCUGCUGAGGCACCUGGCCGAGCUGGAUCUGCACAAGUUACAGAAUCUAUUGGGCGCCGAGGGCACGAGCCUACAGUGGCGUCUCGUAUCUAGUCAUCUGAUAACUCGAUUGUCGCGAGACAUGACCAUCGAGGCGGCUGAUCAUCAGCCGCACCAGCAACAGCAGCAACAGCAACAACCACAGCAUCAACAAAGACGAGGCCACGCCAGCAGUGGCAGCAACAUUAAUAACAGCAGCAGUAAUAACAACAACAACUCCGUCAAUAAUACGGCGUUGCUCAACGAGCUUUUCGUCGUGCUCGGAUACUUUGCCGUUAACAAUAGAGAUAAUCAGCUGGUGUUGCAGUCGGCAGGCGCGGGUCAAAGUGUCUUGCAGCAACUCUGCACUCUGCCCUUUCCAUUUUACAGCGAUCCUCGUCUGGCAUGUUUCACACUGCCGACCCUGCUAGCUGCCACUCACGAGAAUCCAGAGGCCACUUCCGUCCUGUCCUGCGAGAUGUCCUAUCAGUUAUUGGAGGAAUUUCGUGACUCCGAGCAAGGAAGGCUCAAUCCAUUGGUGCGUCUAUUGAAGACAACGUCGACGGCUACUCAGCUAUAAAGAAAAUCAACGAGUGUUUUGCAUUCGAUACUUAUAUAAAUUAAAAAACUCUUCGAAUGAACUUUUGGCAAAGAUACUUAAAGGGGUUCAAAAGUUUCUUCGUUUGCUUUGAAUUUUUUUUAUAUAAAGAAACACGUCUUCCUCUGUAAGUGAGCAUUAUUACUUAUACUCUGUGCUUUGAAAAGCGGAAAUAAUAUCAAUUGUAAAGAAACAUUAAUGAAUCUAAUAGAUUUACAAGAACUUGAGCACAACAAAAUUAGGCUCGUGGAUAAAAAAAACAACAUAUUAAUAGGUGCUAUAUCUAACUUAGUGCAUUUUCCAAAAGUAUUUACGUUCUGUAGCAUAAUAGAAUAACUCGAAACAUUAACAAUAAAUAAACGAAUCAAGCUCACGCGCACGGCUAGUCGCGCUGCAAUUUUCCGACACGGCUUACAAAAAUGAUCUAUAAUACGCGCAGCUCGAUAAAUAAUAUAUUUUUUCAUACGCCUGCAAAAAACUCGAGCUUGAAUCUGAAUACUUCAUCGUAUCGCAAGUGAGCGAGAUCGAUUUGUGAAAAAUGACUGAACAGUGAUUAUGAUGGCUGCGAAAUUCGAGAUAUAUAAAAGAGACAAAAAUUAGUUAGCGGCUAGUCUGUAGAAAUAGUUUGUAGUCUUUGAAAAACCAAAUAUACGAAAAGUACACCUCAUUUUAAGUUCUCACAUAUCGCGCAUGAAAGUGAAUAACCCGAAUGACAUUUCUCAUGCAGCGACAAUAAUUAAACAGCGACUUCAUUUUGUAAUGAACUAUAAUUGGCUCAAUUUCAUGUAGAAUAGUGAAAUAUUUUUAAAUUAGAAUUGUAUUUUUUUAUAAUUUAUAAUAAAUAAAAAAGAAAAGAAACGAAAAGUCUGCAAUACUCGACGAUUAUACAUUCUUACAGUGUCAUUGUACCAUGUUGUAAUACGAAUGAAACGAGCAUCCAACGAGAAAAUUGGAUGCGUCUGCUGUAUUCAAUAAAAGUGAGUUAAUUUUA